AUGUCUCGAAACAAAGAAAACAAUCCUCUUUCACCCACCCAGCGCAACGGUCCUUCUGCUGCCCUGCACAGGACUUUACCGAGCGACGAGUUUUUCACGGACAGCUUGAUCGACGACUCCCGUAUCUCAAAUGUCUCGCAUAUUCCGUCUCCAGUCAAGACAGGGCCCGUUAGACCUCGCCGCGCCGUUGGCACAAGCAAAGCCUUGCAGACAGGCAAAGAUUCGGGCAAUAGAUCGAGUCGCACUUCCCUGUUUGACUAUACUGCGGCGCGAACUAACAACCAAUUGAAACCUUCGCCAAACCUGUCUAGAAAGAAGAGCACAAGCCCUUCGCGAACGAAUGGCCUCACCACACCGCCGCAUUCCAGACACGGCCCCCCACUCACCAGCCCGACUGAGUUUUCUAGCCCCCCAGGCGGUCUACACGAGUCGUACAAGAGAAUAGCGGAUGAGGAGGAUCUAGCCGCGACCGAGAGAGAUGUGGACAGCGAAGAGGAUGAGAUCAAUGGCGGCGAUCAGCAGGCUACCUUUGAGACAAAUCUGGAUUUGAGCCCUACAAGAGAAGGAAGAGUCGCGGAACAACCAGAGCCCGCGCGUGUGUUGCAACAACUGACACCAAUUCAAUCGCCAGCUCGCGCAGACUUGGAGAGAAUGUUGGAUGAGCGAGUCGAGAGCCUCUCGGAACCGCCCACCAUGGAGUUCCUCAAGAAUGAGCUGACCGAUCGUGUGUUGGCUGCCAAAUUGACACCUCAUGUUGUGGACCGCGCCAAAGAUCGCGCAAGGCUUGAGAAGUUGAGACAGAGCCGAAUACCGCUCAACUUUGAAGAGAAGUCCAAACAAGACCGCGCCAACGGGGAGCAUCGACAGAACGAUCUCGCUAGUGUCACAAGCCGUGGUCCCAUCUCCUUUGACAACGUGUUAGCCUUGGACACAAACGGGCUUCACAGGACAUAUUCAGACACCAGUGCGGACUUCACCCCACAAAAAAGGUUGAAAGCCUUCAGGCGAGCAACGCGCCCUGGUGUAAAUAACAUCAUACCCGAAGAUGACGACGAUAGCGAUACACCGCCGGAACUGCGAGAAAAGGAGAGAUUAAUUGCUUUCAGCAGAUCCAGUCGGCAGAAGAAGGAAGACGUUGGAGAAGGUGAAACACGAAGAGCCGGAUCGGUACCGAAAAUCUCGGCAUUUUCACGUGCGCAUGGUCGACCUCGUCCUUACGGGAUGCCUCCCGAAGCAAUCGAAGAUCAGGGACAACCCGACGACCCUACAGUUGCGUCUAUUGCUUCAACAGUAUCAGAGCCUCUUCCGGGAACAAUUCCGCAGGCCGACGACGAUCGAGCAACGCGUGCAUUUCUCGCCCGAUGGCGCAAAGAAACCGCGGAGCGACGUGCUGCGAAGGCUCGAGAAGAGGCUGACAAUGGCGAAUCCCAAAUAGACUGGGCUGGUGCAGCUGCAGACGUUCCAUUGCCGUCCAUUGAAAAGUCUUCGACUCCCCGAGAGACCCCUCCACCAAAAAUCAUUCCCUCUUCAAUUCACAAGCAAAGAUCUAUGGACCGGAUGCGGAAAUGGGAGAACGACUUCACGGGUCUGUCGUUUCAGGUGUCAGAAAGCCCACCUGUUCGUGCGCGGACGAACCUCAAUGACUCCCUCAGGGAGAAAGAGAUUGAAGAUCUCACCAAACAAGCUGUUACUACAAACAGGCUAGACGAGAUCCGUGAGAAGGAUCCGAAUGUCAUUGCCCGCAAGUCUUCUCGCAACUUCAGUCCGCAGGAGCGCAAGUCAGCGCCGCCUGAACCACAAGAGAUGUGGCCAAAGGCCGACAAGGUCGACCCGAAGGACCCGGGAGAAGCAGUACCAGACACGCCAGUUGUUGUGUAUAGGUCAUCAAGCAGUAGCACCGACAAAUCCAAGUCGUCCCAGCGAUCAAUGCCGGAUUCACUUGAUCAACUGCAGAGGCUAGCUCGAGCUGUCAGCACAACUCCAAAACCAAGUCCAGCUGCGCAAGAAUUAUCAAUUGCUCUUGAUGAUGCGUCCGCAGUCCCCUUGCCGCUUUCGGAAGAUGACCUAAAGUCGCAGUCUUCACUUGCAGAUCAGAACGAAAUUGAUAACAAGAAGAAAGUAGCCGAAACUCCGAGAGUCACGGGUGCCUGGAUCGAUACUAUUUUACCGGAUACUGUCAAGCCAAGGAAUCAAACACAAAGGAUUACCAAGUAUGCGCAAACACCUCUUGUCAAUGCAGGAGGGUGGAUAGACACACCGCUUCCAAACGGAGAUCGGGUUCCCCAUGUCCAUAUACCGAGGAUCAUCGAAGAGGAGACGGAGGGAUUAGUGCACGGGAAUAUUCCAACAGACAACACGAAAGCACACCUAAUGGAACAGAAUACCGACCAGCCAGCGGUCGUUUUGAAUAAGGAGCCAGAGCUAGAAGUUGGACCGGCAAGAGAAGAAAUCAUUCUCCCCUCGAGCACCCUGACAAAUGUUCUGAACGAAGCCAAACAGAAGCGCCUAGUAUCGAACGACAUCACUGAUGCUCCUCGAGACGAGAACGACACGCUUAACCUUGGCGACGCGACCAUUCAAAGCUUUGAAGACCUUCUCACCGACGCCGCAGACAUCACUGCCGACCUAACCAGCCUUAUCAAGGCUGGCGCUGAGGAGGAAGUCCUAGCUCAGAGAGAGAGAAACAAGUCGACAGCCCUUGGCUUCCUAGAUGAAGAUAACUCAGCUGCUUCUGAGGUUGCAUUUAUCGGCCAUUUAACAAGUCGGAUGGAAAGACUAAUGUCAAACUUGCAUGAAGCUAGAAAGGGUAUAGCCAGGCUGGAGCAAAAGGUGUCUCACGCCCCGUCGAUACCUACAGCAGGACCAGAUCAACAAACGCAGGCGCUAGUGCCUGUAAAGGAUCCGAAUCAAGCGUGCACAAGAUGUGGCCGAAGUAACGAUGACAUCUCUCACGCCCUUCCCCACAAAGACCCUGUCGCCACUUCAUCCUUCAUGGCAAUACCCAUCGCAUAUACAACGCUCACUCUCCCAAUCCCUCUCUUAUUCCAUCCGCGCACAUUAACUCAGAACCAGAAACGCCGCAACCGCCUCCUCGACCUUCUUCCCGGUAGUCCAACAUGGCUAGGCUAUCUCACCUUCUCCAUCUGGAUAUGGUACAUACUUGAAUGUGUCCUUGCGGAGAUUUAUGCAAGGCCACUCUAUGCGGAACAGUACAUCUGGCCGGCCAGGCCAGAACCAGAGUUUCCUUUUGUUCUUCCCACAAUGCUCUACAGAUGGGUCCUUGGCGGGAGCGUGGGAAGCGCGCUGAUAGCGCCUGUGGUGACAAUCUCAGGGGUUAUCUGGAGAUUGAUCGUGGUUAUGUGUAAGGUUGCGGGAAUGUGGUUGGGUUGGUGGGAUGGGUUUGUCGAUGAUGACAGGACGAGGAGCAUUGUGGCAACCGCCACGAGAUCCGGCGUUCAAGCAGUCAAGAGUCUUCUUCCUGGUACCAAUGGCGCCCAUACUGUCGAAUUGGGGGGUUUGAGUAUGAUGAAUGACGAGAUUUUAUGA